CCCUGAAGAGCUAAAGUCCAGUCUCUGUGGGUACCAGCUGAUAGCAGGUAGACUUUGCCCUAAAGCGAAACCGCUGCUAAAUGGUCUCCACAGCAGAGUUUUGUGCUUAGGUUGAUGGAAAGAUUCGGUUAUGUUCAGUGAAAUGGACCAGACGAAUGGCAACACUGCAGGGAGAUUUGAACGUCACCCUCAUCCCUACAGCCCUCCAAACUAUGAAAGAAAUCCCUACACUGGGAUGACAUACGAGGUUGGAAAUGGGAACAUUGCGAUCGUCUCUCGUCCUGCCUCCUACGGCAACAUAGUCCCUCCUCAGGAACCACCCCCAUAUGGAGGCAACCAGUACUACAGUCAGGAUCCACCUGUGUAUUCCCACGAAUCUGAGGAGAACCCCUUCAGUGUCGCUGGAAUACGGAGAGGUUUUAUUCUGAAAGUCUACCUGACCCUGAUGAUUCAGUUGCUGUGUACUGUUGGGAUUAUCUGCGCCUUUAUUUACUGCAACACACUGAAGACUUGGAUUUAUAACAACUACUGGUUCUCCUACACUAUGAUGUCAGUGGUGCUGGUACUCAUUGUGGUUUUAGCCUGCUGUGAUAAUAUCCGUCGCCGGGUGCCCCUCAAUUUUAUAGCUCUGGGCACGUUUACUGUUGCAGAGGGCCUGAUGCUUGGAUCUGUUGCAGCCUACUUCAACGCCGAAGCAGUUAUGUGGGCUGUGGGUGCGACAGCUUUCGUUACUUUUGGCAUCAGCCUGUUUGCUAUGCAGUCAAAGUGGGACUUCACCCCUAAAGCUGGGUGCAUGUGGAUGUUUGCCUGUUCCUUAUUGUCCUUCUUAAUGAUGUGUGCCAUCAUCCGAUCACAGUAUCUCUACAUCUUCUACGCCUACCUGGGAACUGUGCUGUUUUCUUUCUACUUGCUGCUUGAUACUCAGUUGAUUCUGGGGGGGAAACACCGGAAGUACGAAAUAUCUCCUGAGGAGUACAUCUAUGCUGCCCUCAGCCUCUACUUGGACAUUGUCAACUUAUUUCUUCUCCUGCUACAAAUCAUUAACUGCUGCAAUUGAAUCUGAUUAUUCUCAAGCUUAUUUAAAGAACAGUAAAAAAUAAUUGUUUUUAUGAGAGUAUUUUUAUUCUCCAGGCAUGUUGCAGCUAUAUACAAACAUCAGCAGUAAAUUCAAAACAAAACAAUUUUAGUGCAUCAGGAUGUUGAAAUAUCCUUGAGGCUUUUAAUCACUUUAAAAAAAACUUUCAUUGUUCUUUUGUGUUUGUUAUCAACUUGCUUGUUAAUCAAUGUGUCAAAAAAAUUAAAUUUAAUGCUUUUUUUUUUAAAGAAUCUUUUUAAAAUUGUUUUAUUUGAAGUUAUAAUGGGGCUUGUAUUGUCAUAUAACCAUGAUAGAAUUUAAAAAUAUGUACAAUAAAAAGUGAGACCGAGCAAAAGGCAUCUGAGAAAA